AUGACGAAGAUCCGUCUUGAUGUGGAGGCUAUCUCCGCAGUAACAUUACAGUCGUCGCAAGAGCAGACACUGCUCAAAGAGAACUUUUUGGAUGGAAUUUCUGCCGUUAAUGAGCGCAUAGCUAGAGUCGAGGAGAUGUUGCAGGUCCAAGCCAGUCAAGUCCAGGCUAGCCAGUUCAAGCAGGUGGGAUCGUUGUACAACGUGCCUCCUGCUCGUAGGCGACGACAUCAGCCCACCAAAAAAGAGACCUACCCAAAUACGACACGUUCGGAGGGGAUGGGUGUUCGUGUCACACCAUUUGUUGUUACUUGUCGGCCAGGUUGCCCAUGCGCUUGUCAUUUACAGCGGAAAUCAACCAGCCCUGCGCUCCUAAACCGUGUUCUUGGGCGUCUUUUCGUUGGAUACUCUGGGCUGCCAUUUCUUAGCCCCAAAUGCAGCUUUCAGGCGUGCGAAAAGUCGCGCGCAAGUCAGGUUAGUCUAGAAUAUUGGUUUCCUUUGGGACUCCUGUCGUCUUCAAUAGUACGAUUGCAAGUGGGAUACCAGCCCAAUAUAGGAACUCUAUUACAACUUGAUACGCUGAGGAGGGUGCCAGAUACGGCACAGUGUGUCAGCUAUGCCUUGAAUGGUGACAUCGAAGGACUGAAGUAUCUUUUCGAAAAUGGCUUGGCUUCUCCUCGUGAUGUAAGUGCCACACGAGGCUACUCAGUCCUCCGAUGGGCUCUGUAUGGGAAACAAUACGAAGCAUGCAAAUUCUUGAUACAGGCAGGUGCGGAUGCUGAUUACAGGCCCAUUGCUGCUAGCGACAAUAGUCCAAGGAACAAGGCUUGCCAUUUCCUUCUUGAAGGUGGACUUCCCGAUGCUGCAGUUGAAGCUCUUCGCGCAAUAACAAAGAACGGUUAUCUAGAAGAUUUCUUAGAUGAAGCAGGAUUCACCAAGACACACAAAAUAAUUCUGGGUCUCUCUUUCUCGAGCCUGGAAGACGAGAUAUUUCAAAAUCCGGACGAUGUCAACGCAACAGAUGCAAUGGGACGCACGCCGUUGGCUUGGGCAGCCGCACGAGGAGACCACCGCGCCAUUGUUACAAUGCUAGGUCAUAGUGCGGAUCCAAAUAUUAUGGAUGUCCAAUUGUCCGGUCCAUUGUCGAAUGCAGCAUCUCAAGGCCACACUGUUGCCGUCCGUUUACUGUUGGAAGCUGGAGCGCAGACCGACUUUCCCUAUCCUGAUGGGGAGAAAAAGGGUAGUCCCUUGAAUUGCGCAGCCCGCAAUGCUACCGAUGUCUUACUAUUGAAAAGUCUUCUUGACUUUGGAGCGGAUGUAGAUGCUAGUGGAACAGAUGGAAGAACCUCACUGAUUCACGCAGCUAGGACCGAUAACGCUAGUUUUGCUAUGUUGUUACUGGAAUAUGGAGCAGAUAUCAAUGCCAUCUCUGCCGACGGAUCAACUCCCUUGACUACUGCGAUCACCUAUAACAGCCAUAACGUAUUGCGACUGAUCCUUGAUCGGUGGCAUGAAUACUCUACUUGCCCGCGCCUCAAGGGACCCCAUCUUCUUCAGAUAGCAGCAUUGUAUGCUGAUCUUGAGACGGUUCGUAUUUUGGCAGCGACGGACCAUUUCAAGACGAAACAUGACAAACAAUACACGCUUGGGGAUUUUGGGAAUCGUCUACGGCAGCGCCCUGAUCUGACCGAUGAUCUAGCUAUGGCUUUUGACGACCUUCUAGGCGUAAUAAACCACGUGCCAAGCCAAGAGGACAAGCAGGAUAGCAUUUUAAAGUCUGGCAUUCUCUCUUGUUUCCCUUUACGUAUCAAUGCAAACUUCGGCGCAGUGGAUCAUGACCCCAACAGUGCUUGCAGUUCCAACGACAGCUUUUGUGAUGCAUUCGAGCACAUUCACCUUUCAGCAGAAGAUAAUACAUCUUUGGAGAAGCACCCCCUUGUCCAUUAG